CGUUGUGAAUCGUAUAAAAUUUAUAAAAUAGUCGCCACGAAACGGAAUAAAGCUUUAAAAUCUAGCAAUAAGCGUAUAUAAUUAAAUUUUGAGUGUUGCUCUGUAAACAACCGUACUAGAAUGGCCGAUGAAGAAUACGAGAGGUUCGAAAUUACCGAUUAUGAUUUGGACAACGAAUUCAACCCGAACCGGCAACGCCGUAGGCCAACCAAGCACCAACAAAUAUACGGCAUUUGGGCUGAUGAGGAUUCCGAUAACGAAUGCGACGACGGCGCUGGUCCUUCCCGGCGAGGACGAAGUCGUCCUGGUAAGAAACCAAAGGAUUAUUCUGCUCCUAUAGGAUUCGUUGCUGGGGGAAUACAGCAGGCCGGCAAAAAGAAAGAAGAAAAAAAGGCAAGUGAGCCAGAGGAUGACGAUGAGGAGGAAGACGAAAAAAGACCGCGUUUCGGAACAGUGGUUAACAGUGGAACCAGUUCUGAGUCGGAAUCGGAAGUGGCUGCAAAGGCAAACGAUUUUCGAUCGAUGGCUGGAUUCCGUCGUUUCACAUCGCAAAGUGCGGCGGGUAACGUUGGUAAAGGAAUGGGAGGCUGGGAGCAGCACACGAAAGGAAUCGGCGCCAAGCUUCUUCUACAAAUGGGCUAUCAACCGGGGAAGGGCUUGGGAAAAGAUUUGCAAGGUAUUGCCGCUCCCAUUGAAGCUCACUUAAGGAAAGGGCGAGGCGCUAUCGGGGCCUAUGGACCAGAGAAAAAAACAGUAGUCAAAGAUCAAAAGCAAAAAGCAGUAAAAGAUGAAUCGAAAGAAACCUCAGAGACCGAUCCUGGGUCACAAUGGAAGAAGGAUAAGCAUAAAGGUCGCUAUUUCUAUAAAAGCGUCGAAGAUGUUAUAGAAAAGGGAAAGCGAUCCUAUGCACUUUUUGAUAAAAGUUCUAAACUGGGGAACGUAAAGGUAAUAGACAUGACUGGUCCAGAAAGUCGAGUUCUGAGUGGUUACCAUGCACUUGGACAGACUAAAGUUGUGGAUGAGGAUCUCUACGAUACGAAACCUUCCAAGGAAACGAGUAAUUUUGCAUUGCCGGAACUAAUGCACAAUUUGAACCUAAUCGUGGAACUUUGUGAGCAAGACAUUAUCGCAAUUGAUAAACAAAAAUGUUCAACAAAAGAUCGGGAAGAGCAACUGGAACUGGAAAAGGAAAACCUUAUACGCAUUACUCAGUUGGAAGAGGAUUAUAUUCAAACGCUAGAAGGGGCAUUGGAGUUGGUAAAAGCCCUUGUAGAGCCCGAUAGUGGAUCAGUUACAUUGGAAGACUGUGAAAGAAUUUUUAUUCGUAUGCAAUCGGAAUACCCGUCUGAAUACAAAGAAUUUGGUCUUGCCGAUUUAGCCACUGGAGUUGUAGCCCCGCUCAUUGCUACCCGUUUAAAAGAUUGGAACCCUUUUGUCGAUCCAACUAUGCAUCUGGAACUAUUCAAACGGUGGCGUUCUAUUCUGGGUUCGUCAGACAUUGAGAAACGCAAUUUUUUGGAUCCCUAUUCUGGUCUUAUCUGGUCUGGACUGAUUCCAAGCAUACGCACAACUGCAACGACGUGGGAUCCGAGGAUACAUCAGCCGAUGAUAGCCUUGUUGGAUGCCUGGGCACCAUUGUUGCCCUCUUGGAUUUUGGACAACGUUUUAGAACAAAUCAUUAUGAACAAACUCAGCGCAGCCGUUGCCAAGUGGGACCCACUCACAGACACUAUUCCAAUUCACGUUUGGAUUCAACCGUGGGCUGGCAUUCUUGGUGCCAAAAUGGAAGAAAAUAUCUAUCCAACAAUACGGGAGAAGCUGAGCAAAGCCUUGAAGGCUUGGAAUCCAGAAGAUCGAUCAGCACGUGCCAUGAUCACUCCUUGGAAGGGUGUCAUGGCUGAAGAAGAUUUGCAGGUGUUCCUAACGAAACAUAUUAUUCCGAAGCUGGAGCUGCGUCUCACUGAGCUUGUCAUCAAUCCUUUACAACAAGAUUUGGAAAUUUUCAAUCAAGUGUGGGAGUGGAAUGAACUUAUUUCUACCCUGCAGAUGGCAUCCAUGCUCGAUAAAUACUUUUUCCCUAAAUGGAUUCAGACGUUAGUACUGUGGUUGAACCAAUCGCCCAACUUCGACCAAGUAACUCGCUGGUACCAGGGCUGGAAGUCACAAUUCACCGACGACAUCAUUCGACAGACCAACAUCAAGGAAAACUUCCGCAAAGCGUUGGAGCUGAUGCAGCGUUCAAUCGGCAUUUCCACUGGAACUUCAACGUCAUCUAGUACGGCGGAAGCAUUGGAUACGACGCCAGUGGCGACUUCCACGUCCUCGAAACUGCCAUCGCUGAUGGACGUUCAUGUUGAUGUCUCGCCAGCACUGGAAUUUAAAGAACUGGUGUCGCAAAAGUGUGCCGAGCGAGGAAUCAUAUUUGCCCCGAUGCCAGGUCGACGAGAGUCAGGCAAACAGGUCUAUCGAGCUGGAAAACUAUUUUGCUACAUUGACCGGUCCGUCUGCGUGGUUAGUUUAGACGGCGGUGUCAAUUGGACACCGAUUUCACUGUCAGCCAUGCUGGAACGAGCGGUGAACGGGUAAGAACUGUAUGUAUGCCAAUUGAUGACAGUUUUACUAUCGACUUAAAAAAAUUCCUGUAACAAUACUUGA